UUGAAAUUCGCGCUUCCGCUGGUGUUUAUCAUAGGAUACACGGUAUGCUAUCUCUAUGAACCGCAUGGGAGCAUCGGGCUCGUGUUCCAUAAACGAGCAUGGAUACAGCGCGAAAUACUCCCACUAUCCCCACUUGCAGGAUGUUUUGAGCCCGAGCGUAUCAGCCCAUUGUACAACGUCAGUGACGCCGUGUAUGGCGGGAAACGGUUUGAGGUUCAAGCGGGCGUGCCAAUGCGGAUGGGU